AUGCACAGCAGCGCUUACCUUUUGCUGGAAAGAGAGUACCGACAGUUGAGGAGGAACAAUUACACGGGUAUAAGUGCCUUUCCUGUGAAUGAAGAUUUGAUGGAAUGGGAAGCACAGAUUGAAGGUCUACAGGAUACAGCCUGGCAAGGAUUAUUCUUCCAACUGAAAAUAAAUUUUACAUUGAAGUACAACUUGGUCCCACCAGUUGUGAAAUUUAAAACAAUUCCUUUUCAUCCCAAUGUAGAUCAACAUACUGGUCAGCCCUGUAUAGAUUUCUUGGACAAUCCUAGUAAGUGGAAUACCAGAUAUACAUUAAGCAGCAUCUUACUUAGCCUCCAGGUUAUGCUGUCUAAUCCCAUGCUAGAAAAUCCAGUGAAUUUGGAAGCAGCCAAAAUAUUGACUACAGAUGAAUCCAAGUACAGACUCAUAGUGCAGAGACUUUCCCAACAGCCAUUACUAUUGAAAGAUGACAGGCCUGAGAUACCUAAAAACCCAGAUAAAAUCAUCAAAUCAACUAAAACAAUCUCAUUUUAUGAUUACUAUAAGUCAUGGUGUGAAAUAGCUACAUCAAAAGCCACAGAAUAUCACAGAGCUGCACUGCUUGAAGAUUCAAAUUUCACUGGAGAGUAUUUUAAAUUGAAAAAAAAUGAGCAAAAACAUGCUAAAGAAUGGAAUUUAAAGUAA